GUGCUACAGAAGAACAAUAAGAUAACGACGUCGUACUGUGUCCGUGUCGUCACAGAUUGCGAGCCGCACUUGUGCCACACCAGUUGCUGUAGCGCUCCCGACAACCAGCUUUCCUGUCAUCCGUGCUCGUAAUCUGUCGCACGGACGGUCUCGCCAGCCGUCUCGCUUUUGCAAAUCGGUCAAGAUGUAAAUCAAAGUCAAGGAGGCUUUUUUUCACCCAUAGUAAUACAGAAAACGAUCGGGCAUUUGUUCGUCUGUCGCGUGAGGCACGGGUCACGGGUGCGUUUGGCUCGGAUAAGAGUACACAGCGCGCCUUGCUGCGACAGCACCCUCCCCGCCUCUCUCCCAGAUACGUGGUCCAACCAAGAUACGCGGUUCGGCAGCUCGCAGAAGAUAUUGCCGUGGUCGCUGGCAAGCCAGCGGUCGUGGUCAUUGUGGCCUUUGACGGUGUGUCAAACGCGCACCGUACCAAAACGCGAGAAGGAAAUGCGCACGUCUGCUUCUCCGGAGCACCGCCGUUCAGUACCACUGGAACCGAACCUUUGACCUGUCUUCCGCGCGCAGCUUGGAGAGGAGGCUCGAGCGACGUGCUUGACAUAUAGCAGGAACUUUUUCUUGUUGCCGGAAACACCAGCGGAAGCGUUGUUGCGCAUGUGUGAUUUUGGGAGACUGUAGUCCAACGAGCUUGUUCUGUGGCGUGUGCGUGUGUUGCUAGGCUUGUCGCCAAGCUUAUCUAAUUCCACUGUUGAUGGUUUUCGCUUGCACCUUGUACGCGUGAAGGGAUACCGCUUCGGCUGAGAAGGCAAGACGCAAGUUGUGGACGUAUUGCUGCAUUCGCGCCAAGCGCAGUUGUCUGUUGGCGAGGUUCGAACCGCGGGAACGACCCGGAAGUUGUUUCGCUCCGUUGAAUGCGCCCUGUGUGUAGUUGUUGGCUUGGCUUCUUAGCUCCGUUCCUAGGUACUUGAGCAACACGUUAAUCGGCCCCCCAUCGUCGGCAAAUCCUGCCCCGAUUGUCGCGCGCGUGUACGGCCGAAGCCGACCGCAAAGGUUGAAGACAGAUUCUUUUUUUUUUUUUUGCGUGGCUGGUGACGUCGCCUGUGACGGCGAUCGUUCGUGCAAAGUGCAGUGAAGCAGCUGGCCCGGAUGUAGACGCCGUACUUCCAGACGACUUCCAGGCGACACUCACCACCCCCGCCUCAGGUGGUUCCAGACGACUUGUAGACGACUUCCAGACGACGACCACCGAGCGCCACACACGGUUCCAGGCGAUUUCCAGACGACAGUUUCAAGCUUGACAGACAAGCGAGACACUUGUCUACAUUUCCAAGGGAUUUCGCAGCUGCCUCGCGUAGAGGAACCACUUACAAAGCACGAGAAGAUGGACGCCAAGGAAGCCGUGUUCUGGAGCAGCUACUCCGCCGUGGCAACGCCCAACAUUCAGGAGGAGAUCUUCGUACAACGUUCGGCACCAGGCAGGGCUUGGUUCUCCAAGACCGACUCCACCGCGCUGCCUCCAAUCACAAGGAAGCAGUGGCUCAUCAUUGUGCUUAUAUUCUUCGGCAACUUCUGCGCCGCUCUGAGCUUUUCCCUACAAGCGCCGUUCUUCCCCAAGCAAGCCACGGAGAAAGGCGCCACGCCCACAGAGUACGGCCUCAUAUUCUCGUCCUUCUACUUCACCAUCUUCCUCAUCGCGCCCGUCUACGGGAAACUGGUAGCCGUGGUGAGGCCUAACGUAAUGCUGAACGGGGGGUUCAGCCUUACCUGCCUCUGCGUCGUACUCUUCGGGUUCAUCAACCUGGCCCCAGCCGGCAGAACGUUCGUGGCCCUGGCGUUCCUGAUCCGCAUCCUCGAAGGUCUGGGCGCGGCCGCCUACAUCACGGCCAGCGCCACCAUCAUCAUGUCCGAGUUCCCGGGCCGCAUUGGCACCGUCCUGUCGUCCUUGAAGACAGCCUUCAGCGUGGGCGUUAUCAUCGGGCCAACCAUCGGUGGUUUCCUUUACGACAUUGGUGGCUACACGACGCCCUUCGUCGUCUGCGGCAGCAUCGGGUUCGUCUGCAAUCUGGUUACGUACCUCGUAAUCCCCAGCAUAGAGGACAAGCACGACAGCACCCCGAUGGACCUGCGCAAGUUCUGGAGCGGUCCCUUGAUUUACAUGUACGCGGUGGCCAUCUUCGGAAGCUACGUCUGCGUCGGCUUCAACCAGGCGACGCUUGAACCUCAUCUGAGAUCCUUCAACCUGUCCACCACGAUCCUCGGGCUAGUCUUUAUGAUCCCUGGCAUCUGCAAUGGCUUGAUGACUCCCGUCUGGGGCUGGUUGUGCGAUAAGAAGGUCAACACCAAGCUGCUGACCGCUAUCGGCGCCUUCUUCACCCUGCUGUACCUGCUGUUGGUCGGCCCGGUGCCCUUUUUACCCUUCGGCACGAAGCUCUGGUUGGUCCUGCUGUCCAUGGCCUUCUUUGGCAUUGGUAUCGGCGGUGCCUCCAUCUGCGCAUUCAUGGCGACCCUGGAGUACACGCUGAGCCGGGGUUUCGAAGGCAGCAUUGCCACCAACGGUCUGGUUUCUUCCAUGUUCACCCUGUGCCAAUCCGUCGGAUCUUUCACGGGUCCCGCUCUCGGAGGCGUCCUGCUGCAGCACGUUGGCUACGCAUGGGGCACCGUGGUACUGUUCAGCUUUGAGGCCAUCGUGGCCGUUUUGGUGACUACCGUCUACAUUCGCGAAGUGUGCUGCAGUGGCGCCCCCAUCGGCCGGUCCGCUACGCACGGGCGACUGUUGGACGGCGACACAGCGGCGAACUCGGCCAGCUGCGAGUUCACCACAGUUUCGGACCAAGUGCAAAGAUCGCAGCAACAACAGCGGCAAAGCCAGUACGGCGCCUGCAACGGAGCCGGCCCGGCCCGUCUUAACGCUUGAUUGUGUCCGUGGUACCCCGUUAGGGGCCAGUGCUUUUUGUUGGUGCGGGACGUUCAUGCUGCCCCGAUCUCAUGUCCUCGCCGUGCCGGUGGUCUGGAUCGCAUGUUAGGGAAGAUCUAGCUCUCCAAGCAUGUGGCUCCUGAGCUCAUGGAUCCAGCUAGCGAAUCAGGACUUGUAUAGGAGCGCACGAAAGAUGUAUGAUUUAGAAAAAGAAACUUAGGCCUAAUUGCGGAUUACGCUGCUCACGACAAACCCGUCAGCCAUCAGAAUGCAAUCCUGUCAUAAAUUAAUUAUCGUGAGAUAAGUUUCACUAGUUCGACAAACGUGUCUUUCUAGUGUUUUGCCGUUAGGGAAAAAAUGAACGCACAUAGGGCUAAUCGCAAAUCGCACUCAUCGUAAGCCCGUCAGGGUGCAUUUCUUUAUAAAACAGUGAUUAUCACCCAAUGAGUCUCGGUAUUACGACAUACAUGUGUGUUCGACGCUUCUCUGUUAGGAACAAAAUGGACGCACGUAAAUUUCUUGAUAUAUUAGAGUACCGGACACACGAUGUUGGAAAAAAGAAUUGUUCGAGCAUAUAUGACCAUGGUUACCACUGUGGGACGCAGUUGCAAUCUUGGGGUGCAGUGUUUGUUUCUAAACGCACAGCUCUUUGUGAGUGAUUACACUUUUAGCGUACUUUUACACCGUAAUGAAUAGAAAUUAGCCAUUUCACUCGUAUGAGUGCGGAAGCCAUCUGGAAAUAGUGCUCGUCGUAAAUAUCCCAGGCAACUUGUUCUAGCAAAGCUAAGUUGAACACUUUAUGGUUAUUAAAGGACGCACAGACAAACCGUUGCAGAGAGGUAAAGAAAUUUCGGAUAUCUUCAAGGUUCGCAGUGGUGGUGAGAAUAUGAACUAAUGCUGUUUGCGUUUCAAGGACACAAUUAGUGCUUUGUAGCAACGUUUUACACAUCUCAAGGUGGGCCUUUUGUCAUGUGACAUUAAUCACCAUUUCUCUUGUGCUUUUCCAUUCGCCUGGCCUUUCUAGUCGGAAAACACUGCCAGGCACUUGAAUGCGCAUAUCGUUGCUUAAAGAAAAGUUCUGUUGUAGCAGUUAUGUUUCACCGUUUGAAAUAUAACCAUCUUCCGCGAAUAGCUCCUUCUGGAACGCAAGGUGAUGUACCCGGUACACAAAGUUUAGUAAAGCAAAUGCGAGAAUUGCCACGAUUACCGUUGUGGGAUGGGACGUAAUUACACCUAUAGAGCGUAAAUAACGCUCUGAAAAAAAAAACGUACAGCUUAAUUUAAACCCUAAUAUGCACCUUAAUGUGUCUAAAGUUGUCAUAAUUGAAGGGUGCGCAUUUGCCGUUACCAGCAGCCUUCUUUUCAGUGUCUCUCUAUGGAGCUUACUCAUCUGGUGCAUGUACUUACAUGUUGCGCUUGUGUCGGAAAGUGAAACCCUCAAAGGAUACAGCUGCCGCUGAAAUGGUGCUUAUGUAGUUGUGCGUCCCAAAAUACGCCUCAUUUGGUUUGUAGGUCGAUACAGCUGGCAGGGAUGAACUGUCAUUGGAAUAUUUAUUAUUCGCAUAGGCGAGGGAAAGGGUGGCGGCGAGAAUUGUUUCUUAAAGUCCACUCGCCGAACCCUGCACGAUCAUGGCCAACGGGGAGAGCCAGAAGAGGUACAAGCCUCUCUUUUUAUCUUAAAUGUUCUACGGAUUUUAACAGAACUAGUCCACUUUUAGUACGUGCGAGUCUUGCAAACACCCUGUGCAGGUUUUUUGUGUACCUGCGGCGUUUGCACCCGCCCAAACGCGGGGCCGUACCGCCAACGUUACGAAUUACUUGCUGUUAAAUAAAACGUUCCCGAG